AUGGCGACCAAAGCAGCGGACGACAUCGCCUCAGGGGUCAAGAAGUUAUCCCUCCAAACAGCCAGGCUGGACACAGCAACAGCAGCGAGUAAAGCGACCCCUCAGCGUCAGAAGAAGAAGGACAUAGAGGUUGCCGAUAGCUGGGAGGACGAGGCUGAGGAUGAUAGUGGUUCGGCAUCAGAAGCUGAGGCGACACCUGUGGUUAACAACCACGCCGGCACCUCGGCCCCGCCGCCUACACCCAUGUCGCCAGGAGCUGCUAAGCGGCCAUUCUCUCCCUCUGCCAUCACAGGGCCCGGCUUCACAAUCCCUUCGUUGGACGGGGCAGAUGAAGGGCCGCAUACAGGUACCGGACCGUCUGCAAGACGACCCGAAAAGACCGAUGCCGUGGCGCGACGCAUGAUUGCCAGCGCGCUAGGCAUGAAGGCGCCAAAGCAGACGGAAGAGCAGCGUGCAUAUGACCGCGCAAUUCGCGAGAAGGAGCGCAAGCGGCGCGAGGAGGAGAAGGAACGCGAACGCCAGAAAGAAGAAGAGGCUGCGAGGGCAAGGCAGGCCAUCUGGGAGGACUAA